CCACUUCACACCUGCUUUCAAUUCAAACUGAUUACACGCUCCCCUUGUUCUCAGUGGAAGAACGUCAGCAGACCAACAUGUACUGUAGGUGAAAUAAGUCGUUUUUUAAGGCCAACAUUUUCUGUGAAUUGUCUUCCAAAGAGCCAGGGGCUUUGUUCGGUACAUUUAGCGAAUUAAUACAUGACUUAAUAGACGUGAUGGAGCGGACUUUCCUCGAGAUGAGUACAGUUAAUUUCAGCUAUGAAGAUAGCGUCAGUAUGCAGCAUGUUGACAUGGACAUCACUUGUAAUACUUCUGUCAGCACUUUAUCCCAGCAGUCUGAAGUGCCAGGCGGUGCUGAGCAGCAGACUAUGAGAGUUUACCUCCGAGUCAGGCCCUUCUCUAAAGAGGAACUCGCUGACAACGAGGAUCAGGAUUGUGUAGUGAUUGAAAACAGCCAGACGGUGACACUGAACGCACCAAAGGGUUCUGCCACCAUGAAGAGCAGUGAGAAGGGCAUCGGCAUGUCUCUUCACAAGUUCUCCUUCUCACAGAUUUUUGGACCAGAGAUGACACAGUUGGAGCUAUUUGAGGACACUGUCAAAAGUCAAAUGUGUGACUUCUUGGAAGGGAAGAAUGCACUAAUAUUCAGCUAUGGUGUAACCAAUGCUGGGAAAACCUACACAAUCCAAGGAACUCCAAAAGAGCCGGGAAUACUCCCUCGAGUGCUAGACGCCACCUUUCACUACAUUGGAAGCCAUGUGUAUGAGGGGAUGGACCUGAAACCCUACCACAGAAAUGAUGCGCAACAUCUGGACCCUGACCAAGUCAAGCAGGAGAGAAGUGCUAAAGCUGCCAUUUUUGCUUCAGUCAAAGAAGAGUGUGAUCCUCUCCGAGCCAGUGGUGGUUUAGGGUCCCCUUCCUGUUCCACCACCAUUCUCUCAUCCUCUUUGUUCUACGAUCAAACCGUGUUGGCAAGCAACCUAAACGAGGCAGGCAGCAGUCAGUUUGCAUUAUGGGUGGCAUUCUUUGAAAUCUACAAUGAGCUUGUAUAUGAUCUGCUUCAACCUUCCCUGUGCUCAAAGUCCAAAAAACGCGCUGCUCUUCGAGUGUGUGACGAUGGUGCUGGAAACGCUUAUGUUAAAGAUCUGAGGUGGAUUAACAUCCAGACCAUGGGCGACGCCUCCAAACUACUACAGUUCGGAAACAGAAACAGAAGUGCUGCAGCCACGAAGAUGAACCAGUCGUCUAGCAGAAGCCACAGCAUAUUUACCAUGAAGUUACUGAAGAUUGAUGGCAGUACAGUUAAAAGGAUCUCGGAGUUUUCUCUGUGUGACCUGGCUGGCUCCGAAAGAUGCAACAAAACCAAGACAUUCGGGGAGAGGCUGAAGGAGGCGGCGAACAUAAACAACUCUCUGCUCACUUUGGGGAAGUGCAUCACUGCCCUUCGCAACAAUCAGACUGACAGAAUGAAGAGCAGCUACAUUCCUUUCAGAGAAAGUAAGCUCACCAAGCUCUUCCAGGCUGUUUUCUGCGGCAAAGGAAGCGCGUCGAUGAUCGUCAACAUUAACCAGUGCGCUUCCACCUACGACGAGACUCUCCACGUUAUGAAAUUCUCCGCUGUUGCCAAACAGGUGGUGCAGGUUAUUCCAGACAAGCCUCUGGAAGCUCUGGCUCCUUGUUUGGUCGGCCACGAUGGCAAGCCUUUGAGGAAUGGGGUGGUUGGCAGCCAGGCCUUGGAGAGCUACCUGUCUGAGGAGGAGCAGCUGGAUGAUGAGGAAGACGAGGCGGACAUGUCUUUGCUGCCACAGAAUGAGCUCGUAAAUAUGAUUGAGAGUCUGCGAACAAAAUUCCUGGCUGAGCGAAGAAGACACCUUGUUCAGGAAAUGGAGAUUCGGAAGGAAAUGGGAGAUGCCAUGUUACAGCAGCUCAUGGAGAGUGAAGAGCUCCGCACUCGACAGGUAGAAGAGCUGAAGGAGAGCUACCAAGUAAAGCUGGAGAACACUUUUGAGAUGUACAAGGAUGCUUUCAAAGAGCAUGCCUACCAGAGUGCUAUGAACAAUCUGGAAGAUGACUAUGUACCACUUGACGAGUUCAUUGCUGAACAGGAGAAAGUGGAGGCCCUGAAACGUAAAGUGUCAGAGUUGGAGACCAUAACGUCCAGUGUAAAAGGAAGUGUGUGUGCACGUCCAACAGUGGACCAGUCGUGCCAGACUAACGCGACAGAAGCAGCAGGCGACUAUCGAUGCAAACGGCUUUACGAAGAAAAAUGUGGCUUAGAGAGGAUAUGCGAGGAUAAACAACAGCUGAUUUUGUCCCUAGAGAAAAGGCUGAUGGAGGUUAGUGAAACCCUUCAGAAGAUCAGAGAUGGCUUCCUGGAGAAAUCUGCUGAUCUGGAGGUUUUACAGAGACGCUGUGAUGAUCAGACAAAAUCUAUGGAUGACAUCAUACGGCAGAACGUUGAAAAGGACAGGGAGAUUGACUCACUAAAGGCAGAACUUGCCAAGCUCUCCCAGAAGUCCCCUGUGAAGCCCAAAACCAAGCGAGGCCUGCUUGCCAACAUCAGGGAGGCUGUGACUUCUCCACGGAAGAGUUCAACUGGCCGAACGCUCAGGAAAACCGUUCGGGCUGUAAAUCACUGACAUGCCCAGCAUCUGGGCAAAGGAGAGAGAUUCCUUUUUGGUUUUUAAAAAGUUAACAUUGGCUGUUUUAGGAUACCUGGAAAGGAAACUGCAAGCGUGACACAUUAUUUUAUUCAGGUGGAGUGGGUUUCUUAAGAUGGCAUUUUUAUGUUGUAUGUGUUUUUAUUUUAAUAAAAUGAGAUCACUCAAAGCUU